CUGCAUUAUAGUUUCGUUCAGAAUUCACAAAAAUACAUUUCAUGUCAUGGCGACUGAAAUGGAGACGAACGAGAUUAAUGAAAUUGAUAUUUUAGAGAGUGAGGGAUUCAGCGAAGAGACGCAAGCUCCGAAUGUACAAGAUCUGAUACCCAUCAGUUCAGGACCUCGUUCACACCCGUUAUGCAGUACAUUCCACCCAGAACGGUUCAAGAACAACACACGCCUGAAGACCGAAGCGAAGAUAGUAGUCCGGAACCUCCUCAGGCAGUGUCUCCUGAUAUUCCUAGAAAAAAGAGCAGGAUAGAAGGAGCGGGUAGCAGUACGAUGGAGGAAAGUUCAAGCGGUGCGGUUCAACUAGGACUUCCCUGGCCUGCAGAGCAAAGUGAAGAAAGAAGUCAGCAACCUCGUGAACCAGUACCUCGUAGUUCUCCCAAAAAGAGGAGCAGUACACAGAUAUCGGGUAGUGGUACGAUGGGGGAAAGUUCACUCAGUACUGUUCAACGACUUCCCUUGCCUGCAGAGCAAAGUGAAGAAAGAAGUCAGCAACCUCGUGAACCAGUACCUCGUAGUUCUCCCAAAAAGAGGAGCAGUACACAGAUAUCGGGUAGUGGUACGAUGGGGGAAAGUUCACUCAGUACUGUUCAACUACUUCCCUUGCCUGCAGAGCAAAGUGAAGAAAGAAGUCAGCAACCUCGUGAACCAGUACCUCGUAGUUCUCCCAAAAAGAGGAGCAGUACACAGAUAUCGGGUAGUGGUACGAUGGGGGAAAGUUCACUCAGUACUGUUCAACUACUUCCCUUGCCUGCAGAGCAAAGUGAAGAAAGAAGUCAGCAACCUCGUGAACCAGUACUUCGUAGUUCUCCUAAAAAGAGGAGCAGUACGCAGGUAUCGGGUAGUGGUACGAUGGGGGAAAGUUCACUCAGUACUGUUCAACUACUUCCCUUGCCUGCAGAGCAAAGUGAAGAAAGAAAUCUGGAACCUCGUGAACCAGUGGCUCGUAAUAUUCCUAAAAAGAGGAGCAGCAAAGAAAUAGCGGGUUCGAUGGGGGGAAGUUCACUACAACUUUCCUCGUGUGAAAAACUAACUCAAAAAAAUCCGGCUACCUCUCCUCCGAGUUCACCUAGUAAGAUUCGUAAAGAAUCGGGCCCAACAUUUCCCUUAUAUGACAUGGGAGAAAGCUUACGCGCUCACUUUAACGUACGCCCUGAAGCGAUUGAGCAAGAUCCGGAAACCUCUCCUCCGAGUUCACCUAGUAAGAUUCGUAAAGAAUCGGGCCCAACAUUUCCAUUAUGUGACGUGGGAGAAAACUUACGCGCUCCCUUUAACGUAAGCCCUGAAGUUAUUGAGCAAGAUCCGGCAACCUCUCCUCCGAGUUCACGUCGUAAGAUUCGUAAAAAAUCGAGUCGAACAUUUUCCUUAUGGGACAUGGAUGAAAGCUUACGCGCUCACUUUAACGUAAGCCCUGAAUUGUUUGAGCAAGAUCCAGCCGUUAUACGAGAAACAGCCUUUGGGGUUGAAAUCGGAACUUCCCGUGUCUGUAUUUCUCAAGUUGGAAAAGACCAGAGUGUAAAAACCUUUCAUCGCCUGAUGUUCGAAUAUGAAAAUGACCCAGAAAGUCUCGUGCGCUUCUCAAGUACACAUGUACAAAUUGGAGAUAAUUAUAAGUGCCCAAUGUUCCAGGUGAAAAAUGCCGAAGUGUGUGGACUGUUAAGGCUAGCAGGACUCAGGUACGACGCCUACGUAAGGGAACUCUCUAGGUACUGGCCCUUCAAUGUGGUUGAUAUAGACGGUUGGCCGCAUAUGGAGUGCACUCACAACGGAAAACUGUGUCAUAUCAGCCCUGAAACGUUGCUGUACGAGAUCCUGAGAUACUUUCGACAGUUCGCAAUGAAAGUUUGUGGUGAAGAGGAUCCAUUUUUUGUCAUUGCAGUCGCGGGAUCUUGCACUUAUAACCAAAGAAGAGCAAUAAACAGGGCUGCUAAUAGAGCUGAACUGAAGAGCAUACUCAUCAAUGACACAUCUGCCGUAAUGAUAUCGAGAUGGUUAACUUUCAGGUACAGGGAACACGGUAUUUGUGUGGUCGUUGAUAUAGGAGGAGGAUCCGUCUCCAUAACUUCUUUUAUGGUAUCGCAAUAUCGAGUAAGGGUCUUGUCAAAUGUGGGGGACUGCCACUGGGGAGGAGAUGACUUCGACAAUACCAUUAUGUCUUAUUGCUUCGAGAAAAUGAGGGAAUUAAUGGGGGGAGAUUUGUCAUCUCUCGAUAAGAAAAUUUUGAGAAAGAAAUGUAUAGCAGCGAAACUGGAAUUGUCCAAAGAAGAAAACACUACUGUAUGUCUACACGAACACCGAGUCGAAAUAAGCAGGGAGAUGUUUGAAAGCUGGAAUGCUGAGCGGUUCCGUCAGCUUUCCGCACUGAUAAAACGAUGCAUAAAAAGAACGAAACUCCAAAAAUUCGAAAUACUACGAGCCUUCAAACACGGUAGGUGUUGCCUGAUACCAAGACUGAGUCAAAUUAUUGAUGAACACCUUGCACCUACAAUAACUGUAAAGUAUGAUUCAGUCUCCAGGGGAGCAGCCAUCUACGCAGGCAUGAAGACCGGCAUGUACUACAAAACGGUGUGGAAAACAGAAUUGGAAUUGAAAGAAUUGACGCCUGUGAUUAGCGUAGGAUUACAUAAUACUAAAGUGAGGAAGAUGGUUGAGCGCGCUUACUUGCCCCAGAGCAGAUUCAGAGUUUUCAGAUACUCGGCCCCUGAGGUCUGUGAGGUCCGACUGAACGUAUACGAACUAGACAACAAAUUUGUGAGGCAGCAAAUUUUAAUUGGUGGUAUUUCUCUUCUAUUCGCUCAGUCAAUUAUAAGACAAUCUCUGUCAUUGGUUAUCUUCACCGUUACAAGGACGUUCUUUGAAGUGACUGUGUAUGCCGAAGAUUUGGAUAACAGGUAUAGUCGUCUAGAAUUAUCACGACACUUUGGGGAUGAAGGGCGGCCCGACCAACGAAACUGGUUACGAGCACUGACCCCCUUAGAUGAUAUGCUGGUGCGCUUGGAUUCACCAGCUCAGACUGUUGACUUGAACUCAGAAGACAACGAAGUAAACAUAGUCACGAGACAUAUACACAAUCGGACAUUAAUCGUGGAGGGCCCAAGGCCAUGUGGCUGUGUUUUGUAUUCUCUCAAUUCAGUCUUCCAGUCAUGUGAACUCGUUCUUACCGUUACUCCACCCCAGCCACCUGCUGCUGUCAACACCCCUGUACAUCCCUAUUUACCUCCAGAAGCUGUUCCUGAUGUACACCCACAAUAUGAGGGUGUUCCCGACUUAACCAGAAGAGAUGCACACGCUCCCAAUGUACGCAGACCUCAUGAAUAUGGAGAAAUGAUACAUCCAGCACACCCCAAUUUACCUAUACAAACUGAUCCCCAUUUGCUUGAACAUUACACGAGAGCUGGCAACUUAUCCAGACAACCUGAAAUUCAGCCUGUAGUCUACAAUCCUCAACAAUAUGAACGAAGAUCGGAAGCCGUUCCUGAAAUACGAAGGCCUGAUGUAGCAUUGCAAGACGUGACAGCUGACUACGUAACUAGAGAAUCUGUAAUUCAAACUGUAAUGUACAAUCCUCAACAAUAUGAACGAAGAUCGGAAGCCGGUCCUGAAAUACGAAGGCCUGAAGUACCUUUGCGAGACGUGAGAGCUGACUACGUACCCAGAGAAUCUGUAAUUCAAACUGUAAUGCACAAUCCUCAACAAUAUGAACGAAGAUCGGAAGCCGGUCCUGAUAUACGAAGGCCUGAUGUACCUUUGCAAGACGUGAGAGCUGACUACGAAACUAGAGAAUCUGUAAUUCAAACUGUAAUGCACAAUCCUCAACAAUAUGAACGAAGAUCGGAAGCCGGUCCUGAAAUACGAAGGCCUGAUGUACCUUUGCAAGACGUGAGAGCUGGCUACGUAACCAGGGAACCUGAAACUCAACCUGCGAUGUACAAUCCUCAACAAUAUGAACGAAGAUUGGAAGCCGGUCCUGAAAUACGAAGGCCUGAUGUACCUUUGCAAGACGUGAGAGCUGGCUACGUAACCAGGGAACCUGAAACUCAAUCUGUGAUGUACAAUCCUCAACAAUAUGAACGAAGAUCGGAAGCCGGUCCUGAAAUGCGAAGGCCUGAUGUACCUUUGCAAGACGUGAGAGCUGGCUACGUAACCAGGGAACCGGAAACUCAACCUGUGAUGUACAAUCCUCAACAAUAUGAACGAAGACUGGAAGCCGGUCCUGAAAUACGAAGGCCUGAUGUACCUUUGCAAGACGUGAGAGCUGGCUACGUAACCAGGGAACCUGUAACUCAACCUGCGAUGUACAAUCCUCAACAAUAUGAACGAAGAUCGGAAGCCGGUCCUGAAAUACGAAGGCCUGAUGUACCUUUGCAAGACGUGAGAGCUGGCUACGUAACCAGGGAACCUGAAACUCAACCUGUGAUGUACAAUCCUCAACAAUAUGAACGAAGAUUGGAAGCCGUUCCUCAAAUACGAAGGCCUGAUGUACCUUUGCAAGACGUGAGAGCUGGCUACGGAUCCAGAGUACCUGAGAUACAACCUGUUGUGUACAAUCCUCAACAAUAUGAACCAAGAACCGGACCCAUUCCUCAAAUACAAUGGCCUAAUAUACCAUUUCAAGACGUGAGACCUGGCUACGGAUCCAGAGUACCUGAGAUACAACCUGUUGUGUACAAUCCUCAACAAUAUGAACGAAGAUCGGAAACCGUUCCUGAAAUACGAAGGCCUCAUGUACCUUUGCAAGACGUGAGAGCUGGCUACGCAACCAGAGAGCCUGAAAUCCAACCUGUUAUGUACAAUCCUCAACAAUAUGAACCAAGAACCGGACCCAUUCCUGAAAUACAAUGGCAUAAUAUACCGUUUCAAGACGUGAGACCUGGCUACGGAUCCAGAAUACCUGAAAUUCAACCGGUGGUCAAUUUCAGGGGACCAGAUAUGCAGCCUGUUACGUACAUUUCUCAACAAUAUUUACUAAGAAUGAUACACGGGUACUUUCCUAUUACGCAAGGAUAUUAUGUACAACCACAAGUCCUGAAUGUCGACCACUCACCGAGGCGACCUGAUAUGUACCCUUCGAUACACAAUCCGCAACAAGAUAGACAGGCAGUGAGAGCUUCGUAUUAUAGACCGGAAGUCGUACCUGUCAGAACUCAAAGGGAACUUAGUAAUCCAUUUACAGUUCCAGCAGAUCACAGAUACCAGAGCAGCAUACAGGAAGAAGCUAUUGAACGAUUACCACACGAAACAUUUGAGGCGGAGCCUAUUGUCAAUUUAGAUCCAAAUACAGAUGAGGGUCAAGAAUCGGCAGAUUCCAGUAUUUUAGAUAAUCAUGAAGUACUAAUAAAUGUUUCUGAUAUGAGAGAGACACAAGUUAUUCCUGUUGUUGGAGACAACGAAGGAACCAUUACUGGUUCGGAUGCUUCCAUGGAAAUUGUUGAAUUGGAUGAAGAGUCCUUCCCGGAGGGCGAAGAACCGUUAUCACAAGAAGCUGAGGUUCAGGAUUCUCCUUUGAAUUUAAGUACAGGUAGCACGGAAGAAUCUGAGAUCAUGCCUGCUUCUGGAGAGAACCAAGCGUCUGCACCUGAUGUGAUUGUUUCUGGUCCCAGGGAUAGAAUUGGGAAUCUUCCCGUUAGUAUUCCUAUCAGUCAGUUAAAUCUUCCACUACUCUCUGGAUGCCAAAUCACGAUCAGAAUGCCCCCUUCCACAGAGUUCGAAUCGUUGGAUCCAAAUGCAGGUACCACGAGAGAAAGUGAAAACAUCCCUAUUGCUGAUAAUAAUCUUGAAUCUGGAACAGUUUCGAACAAUCCUAUCCCCUCGCCUAGACACCCUCAAUCAGGUGAUAGAGACGAGGACUCAGAUAGAACAGAAAACUAAUCAUGUUGGUCAAGAACGGAAGUUUCCACUGUGCCAGUCGUUCACUAGAUUUGGUACCAUCAGAUAUGCUUCAUAGAUGCUUCUAUUCAAAGUCUGAAUUUCCACUGAAGUAUGAAAUUGCUGACAAUGAACGACGAGUCAAAUAUGGUGCUACGUUAAACAAUAAGAAGAAAAUUUGUUAUCAAAGAUGUAGAGCUGGUUGGUGGCCCUUCAAUCGGGCACACAGUUUUCCUUUAAUAGUUUAAGUAUUUUAAUGUAAUGUUUUAAUGAAUCCUAUGUUUAAUUUAUUAGUGAUGUAUUGAUCUACUUGUAUGUUUCCUGCAAGGCAGAACCCAUUUUCUGCAUUAAUUUAUAUUGCAAUUAAUAAAAGUUUGAAAUGUUAAUAAUA